AUGGCCUGGAGUCGCCAUUCACGUCUUCACGAAACCGUGAAAGAACAAAUUCCAGCCCUUGGAUUCUUUCUGUUCUAUCCACAUCAUGCAACAAUGAUAGUCUACGUCGACUACUUAGAGGGAAAACUCACUCAUAUGAUAUUCACCGCCGGAAAGUCGGUUCCAGAAAGAACUCUACGAAGACCAUGCAACCUGCUCAUUGCUGCGUUGUCUCUCAGCGAUGCGAUGCUGAUGUGCUCAAGCCUUAUAUCUACAGCCUACCAUAGCAUCCACACCUUGAUCACAUCUUACCCGAAGUUCUAUCUUAUGGUGCAACUCCUACCAGGAUGCUUACUUGGUAUAACGUUGGACAUAACGGUGCUUGUUUAUCGAAUGCAAGACGAAAAAGUGGUGUGCCUCGUGAUGGUACCACUGCAAGGCAAAAUUUUGGAAGUCUACAUCAAGAUAGCUUUGAUUGUUUGUAUUAUGAUAACUACGAGCAAUGUAUGCUUCUUAUUCUUCCUGAAGAAAAUCCGCAUGUGCAGUGAAAAAGUGAGGAGCAUUCACCGCUCCGUGAUCAUCAUAAGCCUUUCUUUUGUAUUCGGCUAUUUUGCAAGCGUAAUCAUUCAUUUUGUCAACGUGAUCUUACAUCUUAACAUUAAUCAGGUUUUCUUGAAUCAAUCUGCUGGAAUCUUUGUUUCCUUUGCUACUUCCGCCAACUUCUUUAUUUAUUACGGAAUCAGCCGUGAAUAUCGUGGAAUUUUCGACAAACUUCUCGGAAUCGGUCGUCUUAAGAUGUUCCUGUUCUAUGAUGAAGAGCGCACUUUCACUCAGCAAUCGACACUGAGAGAAUCUCGUGUAUUGAAUAGAAUUGUGACUGACGGCUACGCUUAG